GCAGUCUCUGGUCAUUCCCUGCACUAUCCGCAGUCUCUGGUCAUCCCCUGCACUGUGUCCGCAGUCUCUGGUCAUCCCCUGUACUGUGUCCGCAGUCUCUUGGUCAUCCCCUGUACUGUGUCCGCAGUCUCUUGGUCAUCCCCUGUACUGUGUCCGCAGUCUCUGGUCAUCCCCUGUACUAUGUCCGCAGUCUCUUGGUCAUCCCCUGUACUUUGUCCGCAGUGUCUGGUCAUCUCCUGUACUAUGUCCGCAGUCUCUGGUGGUGCGUCUUAUGGAGCGAAAAAUACGGUAAUUGCAUUUAAUUAUUUA